CAAUGCCCAACCCACCAUCCCAACCCUGCUACUGGAUACGCCCACUCACAAUGAAUCAGUCAAUCAUAAUCAGCCACUAAUCCUAUACUCCAUGUUUAUUGGUUAAAACUUCCCGUCAGUAUUAUGACGUAAUAUCCUUGUCCAACCAAUUGUUAGAGCUUUUUUGUGUGGAAGGAGCAACAAGAGUUUAGCAAAGUGGGCGCACUAUUGUUUCUGGGACCUUUAUGGUGUAGUUUUGACUACUUUUGUUCAUCGGGGAGAACCGAUACAAACUCCAUACACUUUGGUUUUACUUUUAGAGAACAACCCGGUUUAUUCGAGGCCGUAGUAUGGAUGAAAUACGGCCUAACAGUGGUGCGCAAGCCCACGGGCUGGUGCCGCUGUUUCCUCCCGGACUGCAGGCUAUAUAUGGGGAAUGUCGGCGACUUUACCCCGAUCAGGCCAACCCGCUGCAAGUUACUGCCAUUGUUAAAUAUUGGCUUGGUGGACCAGACCCCUUAGACUAUAUCAGCAUGUACAGGAACACGGGCUGUGCGGCUCAGGACGUCCAGGAACACUGGCACUAUGUAAGCUUUGGACUCAGUGACCUGUAUGGAGAUAAUCGGGUCCACGAAUUUACAGGAACGGACGGGCCCAGCGGAUUUGGGUUUGAACUUACCUUCAGGCUCAAGAGAGAAGCGGGAGAGACAGCACCUCCAACGUGGCCUGCAGAACUCAUGCAAGGCUUGGCUCGCUACGUCUUCCAGUCAGAAAACACAUUUUGUAGCGGGGAUCAUGUGUCAUGGCACAGUCCACUGGAUAACAGCGAGUCUCGCAUUCAGCACAUGUUGCUUACUGAAGACCCACAGAUGCACCCCAUCCAGACUCCGUUUGGUACCGUGAGCUUUCUCCAGAUUGUGGGCGUGUGCGCGGAAGAGCUGCAGGCGUCCCAGCAGUGGAAUGGACAGGGCAUCCUGGAGCUGAUGCGUGGAAUCAAAGUAGCUGGCGGCCCCUGGCUCAUCACUGACAUGAGGAGAGGGGAAACCAUUUUUGAAAUCGAUCCACAUCUACAACAGGAGAGAGUGGACCAGGGUAUUGAAACCGAAGGCUCUAACCUGAGCGGCGUGAGUGCCAAGUGUGUGUGGGACGACCUGAGCCGACCUCCAGACGACGAGGAGGACAGCCGAUCCAUCUGCAUCGGAUCGCAGCCUCGCCGGCUCUCAAACAAAGACACAGAGCAGAUCAGAGAGACCCUGAGAAAAGGACUGGAGUUUAACAGCAAGGCGGCCUUGCCACCCAUCAGCAGCCAGAAGCAGAACCACGACAGAGCUCAAAGUCGGAAGGACAGUUUGGAGAGUGAAAGCUCAGCAGCCAUCGUUCCUCAUGAGUUGGUCCGAACUCGCCAACUGGAGAGCGUCCAUCUGAAAUUCAACCAGGAGUCCGGCACUCUGCUGCCCCUCUGUCUGCGGGGCAGGUUACUCCACGGGAGACACUUCACGUAUAAAAGCAUCAACGGAGACACGGCCAUCACGUUUGUCUCCACUGGAGUCGAAGGAGCUUUUGCCACUGAAGAGCAUCCGUACGCGGCGCAUGGGCCCUGGCUUCAGAUAUUGCUGACUGAAGAAUUUGUUGAGCAGAUGCUGGGGGAUUUACACGAGCUCGGCUCUCGUGAUGAGUCAAAAUUACCUAAGGAAUACAGCUGGCCAGAGAAGAAGCUGAAGAUUUCCAUCCUGCCAGACUCUGUGUUUGAUAACCCAUUGCAAUGAGGCAGAGAAAACGCAGACAAAUGUUUUCCAAGAGCAUCGCUCCCAGACCGAGCUGCAAAUCGAAACUGUCAUCCACAGGAGGACUGCUUCGCUCCGGAGGACGAUCCUGGGGAUCAGCCACACAUUUCUGACUGUUACUGUGUUCUUCUCUCAGACUAGGCCCAUUGUUUACCACUUCUCUCUGAGGUGCGAAUACCUUGAGGUUACCAACCCAGCCUCAAACCAGCUCGUUCAGAUGGUUGUUCUGUGAGAACUUUGCUGCGAGGCAAACGGGAUGCUUGUAUUGCUCAAAUAGAACAAAACGAACAAAAAA